AUGGGACUGGCUCGACAGGCCACCAGCGGCACAAGCGGGCUUCGACUGGCAUUCUGGAUCCUUGGCCCUGGCCUUCUUGUGCCCGCUUAUUCGUUCUGUGGAGUCGUGCAGCAGCAGCAGCAGCAGCAACAGCCCAUGUCUCUUGAUGAGAUGAACAGACAGCUGUUUGGUGUGUUCAGGUUUGAGCGAGGCCCUACAAAGCUGCAAGGGUAG